GAGCAGGGAGACAACCAACAAGUAGUCCCCCACCGUUGCAGCUAAAGCCUUGCAAUCAUGCCGGGAGACAGUGAAUCAGCCAAGCCGGAGAAGCGUGACCGGGAGGAGGCAGAGCCUGUGCCGGCCACCGUGGUAGCGGGUGCGGCGGACAUCCCAGCGCCCGCGGCGAAGAAACUCAAGCCUGAUGAUGCGGCGGGCACGGAUACCCCAGCGGUUGCUGCUGCUGAUGCCGCUGCCGCUGCCGCUGCCGCUGCCGCUGCCGCCGCGCCUGCGGAGCCCGCCAAGGCCGCUGCAGUAGCGGCGUCCGCUACUCCGAUGGAGGAGGAGAAGGAGGGAGAGGAGAAGGAGGAAGAGGAGAAGGAGGAAGAGAAGAAGGGAGCGGAGAAGGAGGAAGAGGAGAAGAAGGGAGAGGAGAAGGACAAAGAGGAGAAGAAGGGAGAGGAGGUCAAGGUUAAGGUCAAGGUUGAGGCGGAGGAGAAGGAGAAGGAGGAAGAGAAGAAGGGAGAGGAGAAGGACAAAGAGGAGAAGAAGGGAGAGGAGGUCAAGGUUAAGGUCAAGGUUGAGGCGGAGGAGAAGGAGAAGGAGGAAGAGAAGAAGGGAGAGGAGAAGGACAAAGAGGAGAAGAAGGGAGAGGAGGUCAAGGUCAAGGUUAAGGCGGAGGAGAAGGGGGAGGAGGUUAAGGUCGAGGUGAAGGUUUCUGAGCAAGGGGCGGAAGAUAAGGUCAAGGAGGCGGAAACCGCCGCCCUCAAGAUGCUCGAGUUUUACUUCGGUGACUCCAACUUCGGUUGGGACCGCUUCAUGCAGAACAAGGCGGGCAAGAUGGGCGAGAAGUUGAUGGACAUUUCUGUCCUCAUGACGUUCAACAAGCUCAAGAACAUCGUGAAGAAGGCCGACCUUUCCCCGGAGGAGGCCCAAGCCUUGGUGAGCUACGUGCAGACAGCGCCCCUACACCAAGAAGUAUCCUCUAGUUUUGGCCAGGCUGGGGCUCUUUGUUCCCCUUAUGGGCUACAAAUGGCCGGCAGCUUAUUCAAGUACCAGGCUGGGAUUCCUGAAACGGGCUCACAAAUGGUGCUCAAGCUCUUAGAUUAUUGA